AUGCGCAGUCCGGCGGCCAAUGCCGCUAUAAAGGCUUGUUUUGCCCCCGGAGCUGAUGCUCGGGAGCGUGGUCGAGUGGCCGGCGCGGCGGGCUGGGACCCGGGGCACAGAAAUUAUCAAGUGAAACCAGGAGUCUGUGAGCCCUGGCGUCUCCAAUCAGAGAAGAUGAAGGACCUCGACAUAGGAAAAGAGUAUAUCAUCCCCAGUCCUGGUUACAGAAACGUGAGAGAGAGAACCAGUACUUCCAGACAGGACAAAGAGGACUCCAGAUACAGGAGAACUGGGCAGUUGGAAUGCCAAGAUGCCUUUGAGGCCGCAGCCCGAGCUGAGGGCCUUUCCCUGGAUGCCUGCACGCGUUCUCAGCUCAGAUUCCUGGAUGAGGAGCAUCCCAAGGGGAAGUACCAUCACAGCUUAAGUGCUCUGAAGCCCAUUCGGACCACUUCCAAAUACCAGCACCCAGUGGACAAUGCUGGGUUCUUCUCCUACAUGACUUUUAACUGGCUUACUCCCCUGGCCCGCCUGGCCCACAAGAAGGGAGAGCUCUCCAUGGAGAACAUGUGGCCUUUGUCCAAGUACGAGUCUUCUGAGGCGAACGCCAGAAGACUAGAGAGACUGUGGCAAGAAGAGCUGAAUGAAGUUGGGCCAGAAGCUGCCUCCCUCCGAAGGGUUGUGUGGACCUUCUGCCGCACCAGGCUCAUCAUCUCCAUCGUGUGCCUGAUGAUCACGCAGCUGGCUGCCUUCAGUGGACCAGCCUUCAUAGUGAAACAACUCUUGGAGUACUCCCAGGGCACAGAUUCUAACCUCACAUACAGCUUGCUCUUAGUCCUGAGCUUCCUCCUGAUAGAGAUCGUGCGCUCCUGGUCACUUGCAAUGUGUUGGGCACUGAAUUACCGAACCGCCGUCCGCUUGCGGGGGGCCAUCCUCACCAUGGCCUUUAAGAAGAUCCUCAAGUUAAAGAGCAUUAAAGAGAAGUCUGUGGGCGAGCUCAUCAACCUGUGCUCCAACGACGGGCAGAGGAUGUUUGAGGCCGCCGCCAUGGGCACCCUGCUGGCCGGAGGACCCAUUGUUGCCAUCUUGGGCAUGAUUUAUAGUGUAAAUAUUCUGGGACCGACAGGCUUCCUGGGAUCAGCCGUUUUUAUCCUCUUUUAUCCAGCAAUGAUGUUUGCGUCACGGAUCACUGCAUAUUUCAGGAGAAAAUGUGUAACUAUUACAGAUGACCGUGUUCAGAAAAUGAAUGAAGUUCUCACCUACAUUAAAUUUAUUAAAAUGUAUGCGUGGGUCAAGGCAUUUUCUCAAAAUGUUCAAAAAAUCCGAGAGGAGGAGCGGCGGAUAUUGGAAAAAGCCGGGUACUUUCAGAGCAUCACCGUCGGUGUGGCUCCCAUCGUGAUGGUGAUCGCCAGCGUGGUAACAUUCUCUGUUCACCUGACUCUUGGCUUCGAUCUCACAGCAGCACAGGCUUUCACAGUGGUGACUGUCUUCAAUUCCAUGACUUUUGCUUUGAAAGUAACUCCGUUCUCAGUAAAAUCCCUCUCAGAAGCAUCGGUUGCUGUUGACAGGUUUAAGAGCUUGUUUCUGAUGGAAGAGGUUCACAUGAUAAAGAAAAGCCCAGCCAGUGCUCACAUCAAGAUAGAGAUGAAAAAUGCCACCUUGGCAUGGGACUCCUCCCACUCCAGUAUCCAGAACUCACCCAAGCUGACCCCCAAAGCGAAAAAAGACAAGAGGGCUGCCAGGGCCAAGAAAGAGAAGGCGAGGCAGCUGGAGCGCACCGAGCACCAGGCGGCGCUGGCGGAGCAGAAGGGCCACCUCCUCCUGGACAGCGACGAGCGGCCCAGUCCCGAGGAGGAAGAGGGCAAGCCCGUCCCCCUGGGGAGCCCCCGCCUGCAGAGGACACUGUACGGCAUCGACCUGGAAAUCGAAGAGGGUAAACUAGUUGGGAUCUGUGGCAGUGUGGGAAGUGGAAAAACCUCUCUUAUCUCAGCCAUUUUAGGCCAGAUGACACUCAUAGAGGGCAGCAUUGCAGUUGGUGGAACCUUCGCUUAUGUGGCCCAGCAGGCCUGGAUCCUCAAUGCCUCGCUGAGGGACAACAUCCUCUUCGGGAAGGAAUUUGAUGAAGAAAGAUACAACUCUGUGCUGAACAGCUGCUGCCUGCGGCCUGACCUGGCCAUUCUCCCCAACAGUGAUCUGACUGAGAUUGGCGAGCGAGGAGCCAACCUGAGUGGUGGGCAGCGCCAAAGGAUCAGCCUUGCCCGAGCCUUGUAUAGUGACCGGGACAUCUACAUCCUGGAUGACCCCCUCAGUGCCUUAGAUGCCCAUGUGGGCAACCACAUCUUCAACAGUGCUAUCCAGAAGCACCUCAAGUCCAAGACGGUUCUGUUUGUUACCCACCAGCUGCAGUACUUGCCUGAUUGUGACCAAGUGAUCUUCAUGAAAGAAGGCUGUAUUACAGAAAGGGGCACCCAUGAGGAACUGAUGAACCUAAAUGGUGAUUAUGCUACCAUUUUCAAUAACCUGUUGCUGGGAGACACGCCCCCAGUUGAGGUUAAUUCAGAAAAGGAAACCAGUGGUUCGCAGAAGUCACAAGACAAGGGUCCCAAAACAGGAUCAGUGAAGAAGGAGAAAGCAGUGAAUCCAGAGGAAGGGCAGCUGGUGCAAGCAGAGGAGAAGGGGCAGGGAUCUGUGCCGUGGUCAGUGUACGGUGUCUACAUUCGGGCUGCCGGGGGCCCCUUGGCCUUCUUGUUCAUUAUAUCCCUCUUCACGCUGAACGUGGGCAGUAUUGCCUUCAGCAACUGGUGGUUGAGUUACUGGAUCAAGGAAGGAAGUGGGAACAGCACGGUGAGCCACGGGAACACGACCGCCGUGAGCGGCAACAUGAAGGACAAUCCUCACAUGCAGUUCUACGCCAGCAUUUACGCCCUCUCCAUGGUCGUCAUGCUGAUCCUGAAAGCCGUCCGAGGAGUGGUCUUUGUCAAGGGCACGCUGCGCGCCUCCUCCCGGCUCCACGACGAGCUCUUCCGAAGGAUCCUCCGGAGCCCGAUGAAGUUUUUUGACACCACCCCCACAGGGAGGAUCCUCAACAGGUUCUCCAGAGACAUGGACGAAGUCGAUGUGCGCCUGCCCUUCCAGGCUGAGAUGUUCAUCCAGAAUCUCAUCCUGGUGGUCUUCUGUAUUGGGAUGAUCGCAGGGGUUUUCCCAUGGUUCCUGGUGGCAGUGGCGCCCCUGGUCAUCCUCUUUGUCAUCCUGCACAUUGUGUCCAGGGUCCUGGUUCGAGAGCUGAAGCGUCUGGACAACAUCACGCAGUCACCUUUCCUCUCCCACAUCACAUCCAGCAUACAGGGCCUUGCCACCAUCCAUGCCUACAACAAGGGGCAGGAGUUUCUGCACAGGUACCAGGAGCUGCUGGACCACAACCAAAGUCCUUUCUACCUAUUCACGUGCGCAAUGCGAUGGCUAGGCGUGCGGCUCGACCUGAUCAGCAUCUUCCUGAUCUCCACCACGGCGCUGAUGGUCGUUCUCAUGCAUGGGCGAAUUUCCCCGGCCUAUGCUGGUCUCGCCAUCUCCUACGCUGUCCAGCUAACGGGGCUGUUCCAGUUCACCGUCAGACUGGCCAUCGAGACAGAAGCUCGCUUCACCUCCGUGGAGAGGAUCAACUACUACAUCAAGACUCUCUCUCUGGAAGCACCUGCCAGAAUCAAGAACAAGGCUCCCCCGCCUGAUUGGCCGCAGGAAGGAGAGGUGACCUUUGAGAACGCGGAGAUGAGGUACCAAGAAAAUCUGCCUCUGGUCCUAAAGAAAGUGUCCUUCAUCAUCAAACCCAAGGAGAAGAUUGGCAUUGUGGGGCGGACGGGGUCGGGGAAGUCCUCCCUGGGGAUGGCCCUCUUCCGCCUGGUGGAGCUGUCCGGAGGCUGCAUCAAGAUUGACGGAGUGAGAAUCAGUGACAUUGGCCUUGCUGACCUCCGAAGCAAACUCUCCAUCAUUCCUCAAGAGCCAGUGCUGUUCAGUGGCACUGUCAGAUCAAACUUGGAUCCCUUCAGCCAGUACACGGAAGCCCAGAUCUGGGUCGCCCUGGAGAGGACGCACAUGAAGGAAUGUAUUGCUCAGCUACCUCUGAAACUUGAAUCUGAAGUGCUAGAGAAUGGAGAGAACUUCUCAGUGGGAGAACGCCAGCUCUUAUGCAUAGCAAGAGCCUUGCUCCGUCACUGCAAGAUUCUGAUUCUAGAUGAAGCCACAGCUGCCAUGGACUCAGAGACAGACCAACUGAUCCAAGAGACCGUCCGAGAAGCGUUUGCCGACUGCACUAUGCUGACGAUUGCCCAUCGCCUGCAUACAGUCCUAGGCUCUGAUAGGAUUAUGGUGCUGGCCCAGGGACAGGUAGUGGAGUUCGACCCCCCAUCGGUCCUUCUGUCCAACGACAGCUCCCGGUUCUACGCCAUGUUUGCUGCUACGGAGAACAAGAUCGCCGUCAAGGGCUGA